UACAUCCGGUCAGAGACUCGUCUGUUUCCUGUAUGAACAUCCAGAGACUGCACUGAGUGUGUAUAUAAAUAUAUAAAUAUAUAUAAAUAUAUAUAUAUAUACACACACAUGUGUGUGUACCGGGGGUAGCUCGGAGGAGCCGCAGUCGGGCAGCAUGGUGCGGUGUGUGGUGUCCGGGUGUCCGAACCGCUCGGUGCUCGUGGACCCGGGAAUCUCCCUCCGACCCCCGAAGAGGUUCUUCAGCUUCCCCGCGGACCCGGCGCGAGUCAAGGUGUGGCUGGCGGCGCUGAGAGAGACGGUCAAGCAGGACUGGACCGAGCAGCAUGUGAUCUGCGAGGACCACUUCCUGCCGGAGGACAUCUCCACCGAUAAGGUCAACAGUGAUGCCAUUCCCCUCAUGCCCCCCUACCUGGACGGAGCCCUGGGCCUGAUCAGCCCCUGGGGGGCCGAGUCCUCGGAGGAGGAGGAGGAGGAGGAGCAGUGGACCACCGGAGGCUGUGACGACGAGGACGAAGGUGGAGAAGCUCCUUCUGCACCGGACCCCCCCCCCCAGGGACCUGCAGCCGGUUUGGAGAAUCCUCCGGAACCUGAGAAAACCAGUGCUGCCCAGCCGCAGAGGAAACGGUCCAAAGAAGUUUCCAGACACGACACGUCUCUGGUUCUGCUGACUCAGCGCUUCCUGGAGCUGCUGCUGGCGGCCCCGGGCGGCUCUCUGGACCUCAGGCAGGUCGCUGCCAGCCUGAAGAUCCGCAAGCGGCGUGUUUACGAUAUCACCAACAUCCUGGACGGCAUCAAACUCAUUCAGAAGGAGUCGGCCAACAGGAUCAAGUGGAUAUGUUCAUGUGUGAAACCAGUCUCUGACUCUGUCUGCAGAGGGAAGAUUCCCAUCUCUAACUUUCUGAGGAAGAACCAGCAGCGGUUCCAGAAGGAGCUGGAGAACCUGAAGCUGGUGGAGGACACGUUGGACGGCCUCAUCAAGAGCUGCGCUCAGCAGCUCUUCGACAUGACGGACGACCUGGAGAACUCUGCGUCAGCGUACGUGACCCUGGAGGACAUCAGCCGCCUCCGGGUUCUGCAGGAGCAGACGGUGAUCGUCAUCAGAGCUCCGGAGGAAACCAAACUGGAGAUUCCUGCGCCCAAAGAGGACAGUAUCCAGGUCCACCUGAAGGCAGGGAAGGGUCCCAUCACGGUGGUGACCCGUGAGAUGGGAUCACUGGACGCCAUGACCUCUGACCCCGGGCGGACGGGAAGCGGCUUCUUUUUAACGCUGGAGGAGAGUCGGGUCAGGACGAGCUCACUGAACACAGUGUCUUGAGCCCCCUGCAGAGCGAGCGGCCAGCCACCAGGGGGCGCCAGUUGUCCUCAGGGUUCAGUCACACAGGAAGCCUGAGGACAUCCGGAGCAGGGACCAACAGGUCUCACAGGGCGUGCGACUAAAAAACACAGGAGAGGGAUGGAUGCUUCCUCUGAUUACUGUAUCAUACUGUAUCAUACUCUAUUACUGUAUCAUAGUUUAUUACUGUAUAAUAUUGUACAUGAUUGUUUUAUUUGGGACUGCUGAUAGUAAUAAAAACCUGUUUGAGAAUGUGAA